AAAAAUAACAAAUUUCUUAAAUAAAACGAUUACUUUUUUAUACUUGCUUAAUAAUUUUUUGAAAGCAUAUAUACAAAUACAAAAAGGAAAGCGACGAAAAGUGCAGUGUUGUUCGAACAAAUUUUUGUUUGACAAACAAGCUUUUUUCCUAUCUACAGCCCGAAGAAAAAAAGAAGGAAAUAAUAAUCUAUAACACUACAUUUUAGUUAAAAAGUUAAAAAAAAUUUGGACGAUUCACAGACCUGAUCCGUUUUUUGACAUCACAUACUAAAAUUUUUUUGGUCAUUUCCGUAAGCACAAAAUUUCAGAACAAAAGAAUAACAAACUUUUGGUGAAAAAAUUUUAGCGAAUCAAAAGUGACUUCAUAAAAUUGACAAAAUUAGAGUUAAAAAAAAAAGGAAAAGUAAGAAUUAAUAAUUGCUGCAGAACAAUCAACUACGAUUCCAGCUUGCUAAGAAGAAAAUCAAUGAAUAAUUUAAGCAGCACAUUGCGUCGCUAUCCAAAGACCGUAGGCAGCAUUGGCAUCUUAACCACCUGCGGUUUUAUUCUCUACGAUAAGCACAGAUUUCGAAGACUCCUUUCGAAAUUUUUUGAUGAGAAUGUUGCGAAGACUGAAAAGAAACCACAACCUGAUUACAUUUAUAUCAAAUAUCACAUUUAUAAAGAAUCGAUGCGUAAGCUCAAGCAACAAGAAGAAGAUGAAAAGAAGUGGAUAAGCAUCAUUAUCAAUCCUAUUGGUAAAUGGUGGAAAGCUGUUAAGCAUUCAGUGGCUUGGCGUUUAUUGAAUAUAGCACAAAAUGGUUCACACCACGAACGCCUUAAAGCUGUGAGGCAAUUAGCUCGUAUUGAUCAUUUAAAAGACUGGGACUUUCGUCAUUUGGCUCAAAUAUGUGACGCCAGAACAGCUGUAUCACUCGCCCGAUCUGGUGCGGAUACACGAUGGUUUGUACCCGUACGCAUGAAAGGUUGCAUAAAAAAUCCAAAGUAUGUUUUAUCGGAACUGCAUGACAUAUUAUCGCAUAUGAAAAAGAAGAAGGAAUGUGUGCAGAAUUUUUUUAGUAGGUACUUCCCCGAACAAGAUCCGGUGGAAGAUAUAUGCGAAUUUUUCACCCAAGAACAAUUAAUCACACUAAACGUCCAAGAGAGUGAUUUGUUAAAGGAAGUAACGUCAUUUUUACAUCAUGUUACCAAAGAUCCUGACCUAGCAGAGCAGUUUAUGUUGGAGGGAGGUCUGGUACAUUUAAUGGAUUUACGUAAGAUUUUCGCCGAAGAUAAUGAGGCAUUGUCCACGUUAUGUAAAAUUCUGGCAAAUUUAUCUGUGCUGCCCGAUAGCGGUGAGCAUUUCUUCAGCAGUGGGUGGAUUGGAGUAUUGGCUGAAUGGCAGCAGUGUCCAGAUUUACGUUUGCAAGUCAUUUCGGCCAAAACUAUGGCAAAUUUAGAUCACGAUGAUCCUAACUACACGCCAUACCCUGCAAACGUUUACCCUUUACAUCCGCGAUCUAGAACGCUUAGUAAACCGAAAGCUGAUAUAGUAUUUGUUCACGGCCUCAUGGGUGGCGUUUUUAUAACUUGGCGUCAGAAAGAUAGGAAGCCGAAUGAGUUGAGUCUUUAUGGUAAGAACGCCUUUUAUACCAGCGAAACAGACGAUGUCUUCCUUGUGGGCGAACAACGAAGGUGGAAAAUGAACGGCAAUGGCGACGACAACGGUAAGAAUAACUCAGCGACGACCACAAACGAAGAAGAGGCUAAAGCAAAAGAGGACGAAAUUAAAAAUAUGGAAGAAGCCGCGGCAGGAGUAGCAAGAAAAGAAGCAGGAAAUGAUAAGCUUUUAAAAGCGGCCAAGAAACCAUCAGCAAAGACUUUAGAGAUUAGUGACGUUGCUACCAAAGAAUUGGUGGAAACACUUCAAAAUGAAGCCGAACUUGAAUCGGAUUGGGAGGUUGUCCAUCCCGACGUUCCCUUAUCAGCAUCUGAAGAUAGCACAGGUGAAUUUAGUGUUGCCGGCAAUAAAUGGAUAAAUGAAGAUAAUGAUGAAGACUAUACUAACUGCUGGCCUAUGGAGUGGUUGCCGGAAGAUCACCCGAACGUGCGCGUGAUCGGUAUUGAUUAUACGUCGGCUUUGACGGAAUGGUCCAACUUCUCUAAAUAUUGCCCAUGCGAGAAGGGGCAAGGUUAUAUAGACGUUAGAGCUACUACGCUAAUGGAGCGUUUAGCUACCUCGGAUGUGGGACAUAAUCGGCCUAUAGUAUGGAUAGGACAUUCCAUGGGUGGUUUAUUAACUAAGCUUAUUCUGAUAAAAGCCAAAGACAGCAAAGAUCCCAAAGUACAACAGUUAGCUGAAAGUACCCGCAGUAUUGUUUUCUUAGGUACUCCUCACCGCGGCUCUCCUAUUGCCAAAUGGAGACAACAUAUGCAAGUGAUUUUGUCACCAUCCAUUGAAGUGAAAGAGAUGGAAGAAGAUGCCCCCAAACUAUUGACGCUACAUCAAGAGUUUAUGAAAUGCCUGCACACUUGUUUCCGUCAUGUGGACAUUCUCAGUAUUGCUGAAGGCGCUCCCACCAUGCUAACCUCAUUUAAAUUCCCUCUGCAUAUCGUGACGGAAGAAUCGGCGCGCAUAGACUAUGGUGAUUUCUAUGUAUUAAAAGACGAUCACCUUAGCCUUUCCAAACCCAUAUUCCGUCAAUCCUUUCUAUAUCAGCGACUUUUAAGGGUGAUAGAGGAAACGAUAAAUGAACAAAAAUCGCCGCAGUCUAAAUACGAAGCACCGACUAACCUAAUAAAACAACAAGAGAAGCAAAUAAAAGUCGCACCAACUUCAUCCAUUCAGACACUGAUUUAUCAGACAAAGGACAUCUUGGGCUUUUUGCCUCAGCUAUUAUUUAAAUUUUCAACUUCUUGAAUAUGUAAGGAAAGUAAGAGUGUUUGAAUUUAUUUAAUUUUCUCAAUAGGUGAUAUUUGAAAAAGUUGUAAAUCGAAGAUUGAAGCCAUUGUCAAGUUAACGCUCUCAUAAGUUUGUAGUAAUUAGCGAUUAGAAUUUAAUUUUGUAAAUUAUGUAAUCAUUCCGCUAAUGUAACGUAGUUAAAACGACAUAAGCUCACUUUUGAGUUUUUCAUGUCCCUGUCACUGUCUUUGUGUACAAGCACUACAAAAACAUAUUUUGUGAAUAAAGAUAAAAAAUAAUAUUCGAUUA